AUGGUACAAGUACAGGAGCUCAAAGAGGGGUGGACGUUUAAGCAGACCGGAGAAGAGAACGACCAACCAUGGCUAGAGGCGACCGUCCCGGGCUCUGUACACAAGGACCUGCAACACCAUGGCGUCAUCCAAGACCCUUUCGUUGACAUGAAUGAGCUCACCACGCGAUGGAUACCAGAAAAGCAAUGGACGUACAAGACGACAUUUCCCACACCCUCUGUGGACGCUGGGUCGACAACAGACCUAGUAUUUAUGGGACUUGAUACACUGGCCACCGUGAGCUUGAAUGGUGCCAAGAUCCUGGAUGCAGACAACAUGUUCAUCGAAUACCGAAUAAACAUCACGGGGAAGAUGAACUCCACAGGGGACAACGUCAUUGAGAUUGACUUCCCUUCCGCUCUUUUGCGGGGAAGAGAGAUGGUGAAGGAACACGAGCACGAGCAUCGCUUCAUCGCACAUCAGACUGAGAACGGUCGCCUGCCCAUACGCAAAGCUCAGUAUCACUGGGGUUGGGAUUGGGGUCCGAUCCUAGUAUCCGUGGGAAUUUGGAGGCCAGUCUUUUUGCAAACUUACUCAUCUCGAAUAGAAGACGUUUGGUUUCAGGCCGAUGUUAGUGACAAUCUGAAAGUCGUUACUGGGAAGUUGCUCGCCAAGAUAGCCCCCGGGAAAGCGUCGAAGGUACGUUUCUCGCUGAUCUUGGAUGGCAACUCUGUGCUCGAUACUAUUGCAGAGUCCGAUGACCACGGUCUUGCGACGUGUGACUUUCGUGUUAAUGAUCCAGCCCUUUGGUAUCCGGCAGGCUACGGUCCACAAGCACGCUACGAGCUCAAAGCAUCCAUCGUCUCAAACAGCGCCGCCUCUCAGUCCAGGCUGAUAGGCUUCCGGCGCGUUCAGCUCAUUCAAGAGCACGACAGCCAUGGGACCUCCUUCUAUUUCCGUGUUAACAAUAUCGAUAUCUUCUGUGGGGGCUCCUGCUGGAUCCCGGCUGACAGCUUCCUUCCCUCAAUCCACCCUAGACGCUAUCAUGACUGGAUCAAGCUCAUCCUACAAGGUAACCAGAUCAUGAUCAGGGUCUGGGGCGGCGGUAUAUACGAAGAUCCAGCUUUCUUCGCCGCGUGCGAUGAGCUGGGCAUCCUGGCGUGGCAAGACUUCUGCAUGGCGUGCCAGAACACUCCGACGUAUCCUUGCUUUCUUGCCCAACUCGAGACCGAAGCUCGACACAGCGUCCGCCGUCUACGCAAUCACCCGUCCCUGGUGAUUUGGGCUGGCAACAACGAAGAUUACCAGAUCCAGGAACGCUAUCAGCUGGAAUACAACUACGAUUCCGACAAAGAUCCCGAGUCCUGGCUGAAAUCCACUUUCCCCGCACGGUAUAUCUACGAACAUCUUCUGCCGCGUGUCUGCGCGGAAGAGGACCCCUCAGGUCUGGCAGCUUACCAUCCCUCCUCACCCUGGGGACCCGGAAAGCAGACCCAGGCCGCAGAUGGCAAGUGGACAACAGAUCCUACGAUCGGCGACCUACAUCAGUGGCACAUCUGGCACGGCACCAUGCAGCGUUACCAACAAGCACCCGGCAUGUCCGGCCGCUUCGUAUCCGAGUUCGGCAUGGAGGCAUAUCCACACCUCGAAACCAUCAAAUCCGCCAUCACCGACCUUAAACAACUCUACCCUGGCUCCAUCUUAAUGGACCACCACAACCGUGCUAUCGACCACGAGCGCCGUCUCCUCACCUAUAUAGCCGAGAAUUUCCGCAUCGACUACGAUCUUGCACGCUUCACGCACCUCACCCAACUCGUACAAGCCGAGGCCAUGACGAACGCGUACCGUGCCUGGCGUCGACAGUGGGGUAGCCCCGGCGGGCGGAAGUGUGGCGGCGUCCUGGUCUGGCAGCUGAACGACUGCUGGCCCACCAUGAGCUGGGCGGUCGUGGAUUACUGUCUGGUGCCGAAGCCAGGAUACUACGCCAUCAAGCGCGCGUUGGCGCGGGUGACGGUGGGGGUGCAGAGGCCGUUCGUGCCGUGGACGGUGGGACAUACGGAUCCGACGCUGGUCUUAGGGGACAGGGGAUAUGAGGUCUGGGUUGCGAGUGCGGAGGUGGAGACGAAGGUGGUGAGGGUAGCAGUGAGGUUCUUGUCGGUUAAGACGGGGGAGGAGGUGGCGGAGAGGGUGGUGAGGAUGGUGGAGGCGAAGGGGAAUGCUACCACUGAGGUUCUGAAGGGUGAGGUGCAGGUGGAAACGCAGGAGUUGGCGCACGAAGCCAUAGUGCCCGAAGACCAGCAUACGUGGGUGGAAAACCAGGCGGGCUACUUCAAGUACCCGGCGCGCCACAAGAAGGGCGUGAAGCCGUUCGAGGUGCAGAAGUGGGAUCCCUAUGUGAUAUAUGCGAAGGUCAUGGACGAGAGCGGGCAGGUGCUGGGAACUGAUACAGCGUGGCCGGACCCGUUGAAGUAUUUGGAAUGGGAUGGAAGAGGGGUGGAUCUUCGUGUGGUGGAAGGGGGAAAGGCAGUGAAGCUCACGGCGGAGAGGCCGGUGAAGGGUUUUGUCUUUCAGGAGUUCAGGGGUGGUGGCGCACUUAGCGACAAUGGGUUUGAUGUCAUGCCGGGUGAGGAGAAGGUGGUGAUGUUCGAGAAGGAUGUUGGCGAUGGGGCGGCUUUGAGAUGGACAUAUCUGGGUGCUGCGAGUGGCGAGGAGAGGUUCUAA